GAGAUUCUAUUCUUUAGAAAUGGAGAGUUGAAUUGAGGACGAUCGGUUAUUAUAUGUAUUUGUUACCGCAGCACAAGUAUUUUUUUAUAAGAAUACUAAACUACAACAAGAUAUUUUGCUUUAAAUCAUAUUCUUAUUUAAAAGAGAACACUAUCUAAACACAACUCACAAAACAUGAGUAUCCGGUGGUUAUUCUUUGACUUUAUAUUGAUAAAAUAACAAAACAGGAACACAAAUCUGUGAACAACCUACUACGCUUCAUUCAAGUUCUAACACGAUGAAACCACUUGCUAAAUCCACACCGACAGCAAAUGAAACAAAGAAGAAACCGUCGCAUCAGCACCUUCUUUGGCAACCUGAUAAGGACUCUUUAAUAGUUCCUAAGAUAAUAAGGCAGUAUACAAGAAAGAAAAAGGCAGAUACUGUAGAGUCACUAAAUAACUGCCAACUGGCCAGUACAACCAGUACAAAUGUUGCUGCCACAUCCCCAGAGCAAAAUAAUGAACAAACAAAUUGCACAUCCUUAGUCAAUAAUCAUGAAGAAAUCAUGGGAAGACUUUAUGAUAUUGAAAUCAUGGAUGUUGAUGUUAAAAUUGAAAAUCAUGUUAAAACUGAAGAAAAACCUGUAUCACUGAAUGAAGUCAUACAAGAGGGUGUUGAAAUUAAAGUAGAAAAUAUAGCUUCAGAUGUAAAUUAUAAUUUGGACCAAAUUUGUAAAAAAUAUGCUAAAAGAAACAAUCAUGACAAAAUUAAAGAAAAUGUAGCCAUACACAAAGAAACUUACCAAAUAAACUCAAACAAUGUUGAUACCAUUAAAGUCAAAGAAGAAAUUGUAGAUACAGGUUCAGAUGAAAGCAUCAUCAAUAAAUAUAUGCUAGAAAGUGCACAAACCGCAAUUAAAAUAGAACCAGGUGACGAUUCACAAUAUUCGAACAUAGAAGAACAUAUAGAUGGGUUACCAUCAAAUAGUUUGAAAUCUGAAAAUGAGCUGACUACAGAAAUAAAACCAAAGGCUGAAGAAAUGAAUUGCAAUAAUAUAAUUCGCAAAAAGGACCCAAGGUGUAGUGAAAAACUAAGGCUGGACCAGAGUGGUCUUAAAAUUGUUCCCAUCCAACAACUACAACGAACUUUUAAACUUCCAGGUGUUCAAAUUCUACAAAACAAAAUAUUGAUCACUGAAGAAAUUCAUAUUAAAGAAGAGGCAGUUAGUGACUCAGAGGAUUGUCCCGAGGUAAAAGAUGAAAAAAAAAUUAGCAGCAGUGCAGCAAAAGAUGAAAUCCCAGUAAUUAUUAACAAAAUUGAAGUGAAAGAUGAGACUGCAGUAUCUUCAAGCAACAUUGAAAUAAAAUAUAAGAUUCCUAUAGCUAGAACAGCCACUGAAGUAAAAAAGAAGAAUCCUGAAACCACUAGCAGCAUUGGAGUAAAGAAUAAGAUUGAAAAAACUGCUAGCAGCAAAACAAAGGAUAUUAUUGUGUCUCCGGUAGAUACCAUUCAAAGUAAAAGUCCUCUACCAGAAAAAAUACAAGUAAGAAGAGUUAUGAAUAUGCCUAAAAUUCUAAAAACAUAUGGAAGGAAACAAACAGAUCCUGUUACAAUGAAGAAAUGUUUUCUUCUAGCAGUUAGUAACCCUGCAGCGAGGCUCCUGCAAGAAGAGGUACCUCCCGAUCCAAGGCUUGUCUGCGACAUGUGCGGCAAAAACUUCAGGGGCAGGGUCGGGCUGGGCAUGCACGUGCGUGUCGCGCACCGCGUGGCCAGGAGGCACGCGUGCGUGGAGUGCGGCGCCGCCUUCCCGCACCACUACCUGCUGCUGGCGCACCGGCGCGCGCACGCCGCCGCCGGCGCGGCGCUCGCCUGCGCGCUGUGCGGCCGCUCCUUCCGCUCCCACUACAAGUACGCCGCGCACCUCAACACGCACCUGCGCGAGCGCCUCCACCCCUGCCCCGUGUGUCUGCAGCGCUUCCCGCUCCUCUCGCACCUGUCCAGGCACGCCGACAAACACACCAGGGACGACAUCUUCUCGUGUACUCAUUGCGACGAGACCUACCGGUUGCUGAUACAUUUGAAGCGACAUAACGAACGCGAACACGAACAGAGAGAAGAGUUCCCCUGCUACGUCUGUAGUAAAAUUCUCACCUCGAACGAGGAUUUCCUCGCUCACGUGAGAACUCACGAUAACGCGAUGCACGAGUGCGCGUUCUGUCAUAAAAAAUUCACCGACGCGCUACAGUGGGAGGCGCACUCCGCCGAACACGUCGACAAGAUAAGCCGAGACCGAGCGAUCGACAAACCCUACUGCUGCGAAUACUGUAAAAAGUCCUUCGAGUACAAGAGCGUUCUGAUAACGCAUAUUAGAAUGCAUACCGGGGAGCGGCCGUACGAGUGCCCUAAGUGUAAAAAGAAGUUGAAGACCCGGAGUGCGUUGUCGGAGCACGUGAACAGUCACACGCGUCCUUUUCCUUGUCCGGUGUGCAAGCGUCGGUUCGGCAAGCGCGACUCGCUGUCGAGACACAUGUUGCUCCACACGGGCGAGCGGCCGCACGCGUGCCCCGGGUGUCAGAUGACGUUCGCGCAGCGCUCGUCCAUGUUGCAGCACAUGCGACGGUUCCACCAGCCCGGCCUUAAACGGGUCGUCAAAAACAAGAGAGGUACGAGAAAAAGUAAUAAAAAUAAAGCUUCCAAAUAAUGGUUCAAUAACGAAAAGCUAUACAUAUAUGUAUAGCAUAAGCUAUUAAAUUAAUUGUGGUCCAUGUGUAGGUACAUGAUGAGUUGUGCUACUUGUGCUCUUAGUGAUUAUUUUAAAAUUGUCAUCUAUCGCUUCAAGUUUAUUUAUAUGUUUCAAGCCACCAUGCUGAGUUUCUGUUGUAUACAUAUAAUGCAUAUAACUGCGUAUCUCUCUCUAUAUAAGUUGAGUGGAAGGUUGUUACGUCUGUGACCUGUAUCUAUUACGACUAUUACACUCAUAAGCUAGAUAAAUAAAUUGUGAUCAUGGAAUGAAUUAAUAAAUUAUACAAGUGUAUACA